AUAUCGCUCUUUAUUUUCAUCACUAAGCUUGCAGAUGGCAACACUGACAUGCCAUUUAAUUUGUUUAUAAAAUAAAACUAUUUGAAGAGAAAUAAAUAAGCAUUGCCAUGCUCAUUACAAUAAAAGUGCUCAAGGGCAAAGAUUGCACACUCGAGGUUUCGCCGACGUCCACCAUACAGGAGGUGAAAGAACAAAUUGAUGCCGCUCUUCAAAUUCCCGCUUCAAAUCAGAAGCUGCUGCUGCUCGGCCGCCCGCUAAACAAUGAUCAGACAAUUGCCUCAUAUCCCAAUAUUAAAGAGGGCACCAAGCUCAAUUUGGUGGUGAUGAAACCCGGACUGCGUGAUUGCAUUUAUCGAGCUUUUCGCAAAUAUUACUCAGAAGCGCAGUCCGAACGAUUGGCAAAUGAGUUUAUUACGGACUUUGAGGCAAAACUUAAGGAACAGAGCCUGGAUGAUUUGGAACGCUUUGCUGAUAAUUCGCUGUGAACUCUGAUUUGUUG